CAACAGCUUCAGGGCUAUGUUAGAAACAACUGGUUUCGGAUGGGAUGCGAAUGCUCGGACUGCCACAGCUGAUGAUUCAGUAUGGGAAUCUGCUAUUCAGGGAAACAAGGAUUGGGCAAAGUAUAGAAGAAAUGGUCUCCCCUUGUGGCCAGAGUUGUUGGAGAUCUUCUCCGACUCUAGUGCCCGUGGGGAUAGAGGUCUGUCACAGGCAACAGUUGUAACUCCAACGUCAACUAACCUUGAAAUUGAUGAUGAUUUACAUGACACUGAUAAUGAUGACAGUGAUGCUUGUACUGGGACACCCAAGGGGUCAGCUCCUCCGAAGCGGCAACUUGAUAGGACUCCUACAGAUCGUAGGAGGAAGAGCCACACACGGACACUCACGAACUCCGCUGAGGACUUUAGAACCUUUGUCCGAUGGAGGAUGGAAAAGGGAUCAACCUCUGCCACCUCAGCAGUUACCCGACCACCUGACCCUAUUGUUGAUGGACCAUAUAGCAUGAUGAGCUGUCAGAAGCUACUGGACAGUUUGGAGGAUAUCCCAAUGGAUUUGUAUGUGUUGGCGCAGCGUAAGAUACACAGUGACCCUGGAUGGUGCAUGUCUUUUAUUGAAGUGAGACCUGACAGGAGGUUGUGGAUGCUACAUGGUCUGAAGGAGUGAAAGUAACAGUUUCUG